AUAAUUUUGAAGAAAUGCUCAACCGUGUAAAAAUCUCUACUACUUUGGAUAUGUUGCGAUGUCAUGAUUGGGUUUGAUGGAUUUCUGAGCCCAAAUCCAUCCGAAAUUCAGACCCUAAACCCAAUUGAUAUCGGACUCUAACCCCAACUUCAAAUACCGCCAUAUACUCCGUCAUGGCUACAAACAUCGCUCUUUUUCCACUUUCUCUCCGACGAAAUCCCCGCACUUCUCUUUCUUCUGCAAAAAAAUCAUCACUAUAAAGUAACCUAGUACCCAUGGAAGCAGCUAAUAACACUGAUGUUAGUACUGAAGCAAAACCACAAGUCAUAUACCGCUGCAAGAAAUGUCGAAGGAUUGUUGCAUCAGCAGAGCAAGUUGUUCCACAUGAACCUGGAGAAGGCCAAAAAUGCUUCAAGUGGAAAAAGAGAAGCAACAAUCCCUGGGAGCAGGAGGCACCUCAAUGCUCCUCUAUUUUUGUUGAGCCCAUGAAGUGGAUGCAAGUUGUUGAAGAUGGUUGUGUCCAAGACAAGCUUCAGUGCCUGGGUUGCAAAGCACGCCUUGGUUACUUCAAUUGGGCAGGCAUGCAGUGCAAUUGUGGAGCAUGGAUUAACCCCGCAUUUCAGCUGCACAAGAGUCGAUUAGAUGAAUGCCAACUUUAAGUAUUUGCCGGUUUGUACUGAGGCGUGGUUAAUGGUUAUGUAUAUCGGUUAAAAACUUACCUCCAUAUUAUUAGGGUAUAGCUAUUCAAUAUUUGGAAGAAAGAAGACGGUUUUUGAUUGAUGAUGGGGUACUCGAUGUAAAGUUAAUCUCAAGUAAUUAUAGCCUAAUGGAGUUGCUAACAGUC